AAAAUCCCAUGUUAGAAGAAACAAUAAAAGAGAACACAAUUAAAUAGAUCAAACCAACCAUGGAUAACAUUUUGGUUUACAUUUUCCUAUUUGUAAUCUCUCUUCUUUUAGCCCUCAAACUUUUGCUACCCCAUGGCAAAAACCUUCCACCAAGCCCACUUUUUUCCCUUCCAUUAAUAGGCCAUCUCCAUCUCCUCAAACAUCCCAUCCACCAAAAUCUUCACAACCACUCAAACAAAUAUGGCCGCAUCUUUUCUCUCUGGUUUGGCUCCCGUCUCGUUGUAGUUGUAUCAUCUCCUUCGGCCGUUCGCGAAUGCUUCACGAAAAACGACAUUGUUCUCGCAAAUCGGCCAUUUUUAAACACCGGAAAGCACUUGACAUAUAACUUUACAGUACUAGCCGUUGCCCCUUACGGAGAGCUUUGGCGUAGCCUUCGUCGCAUUAGUACUUGUGAGAUUUUCUCCACAAGUCGACUGAAUUUGUUCUCGGGGAUUCGACAAGACGAAGUGAAGCGAUUGUUGUGUAAAUUGUGUAGUGGCAAUUCAGUUGAAGAAUUAUUAUUGUUUUCAGUUGUGGAGGUUGAGCCAAUGUUGUUGGAUUUUACUUCUAAUAUUGUCAUGAGGAUGGUUGCUGGAAAGAGGUAUUUUGGAGAUGAUGUGUUGAAUGAAGGACAAGCUGGGAAAUUUAGAGAUGUUGUGAAGAGAGUAAUGAUGUAUGCUGGAGCAACUAAUCCAGGAGAUUUUAUACCUUUAUGGAAUUGGAUUGAUCCAACUGGUCUUGAGAAGAAGAUAAUAAAAGUUGGGCAGGAAGCUGAUGCAAUUUUUCAGGGUUUAAUUGAUGAGAUUAGGACCCAAGAAGGUGGAAAUACUAUGAUUCAUCAUUUACUUCACUUGCAGACCACUCGGCCUGAAUACUUCAGUGACCAAAUUAUCAAAGGCCUCAUACAUGUUAUACUUUUAGCGGGAAUCGAUACAACGGCCGUGACAUUAGAAUGGGCACUCUCGCACUUGUUUAACAAUCCAGAGGUGAUGAAGAAAGCUAGACUUGAGAUAGAGUGUUGUACUGGACAAGAACGUCUAGUCAACGAAGAGGAUUUGUCGAGUUUGAGUUAUUUGCAAGGAAUAGUCUUAGAAACUUUGCGGCUAACCCCAGCAGCGCCUCUGCUUGUGCCACACUGCGCAUCCGAAGAUUGCCAAAUAGAAGGCUACGACAUACCACGUGACACAAUCAUAUUUGUUAACGCUUGGGCAAUACACAGAGAUCCAAAUCUUUGGGAAGAUGCCACUAGUUUUAAGCCUGAAAGGCAUGAAAAUGCAAUAGAAUUAUUUGAUUCGUACAAACUAUUACCAUUUGGGUUGGGGAGGAGGGCAUGUCCUGGCGUAGGAAUGGCGCAACGUGUUGUUGGCUUGACUUUGGCAUCAUUGAUUCAAUGCUUUGAUUGGGAAACAAUGGAUGGCUCAUUAGUUGACAUGACUGAAGGCCACGGGAUCACUAUGCCAAAAGCUCAACCCUUGGUAGCCAAGUGUAAACCACGCCCUAUCAUGAGAGCUCUUGUUAAUGAAGUUAUUCACCCCUUUUAAAAUUAGUCCAAUAAUCUCUAAGGGGAAGAUAUAUACUUAUGCUAAGCAUCUUAGAUGUAACAUUUCAAAAAUAAUGAAAAUCAUUAACACGAGUA